CCCAGAAGUUUCAAAGCUUCUAGUGUUGUAUCAUAGUAGCAAUUUCGAUUGAUAAAAGGAAGAUAUGUAAAUAUUUGAUAAAACAUAUUUUUAACAAAAGUAGUAAGCUCACUACGAUACGUAACCACAAUGUUGGAAUUAAACUGAACUUAUAAGAAAGAUGUAUUUUACGGAUUUAUCGAACUGCAUGCAGCCAUGUAACUGUAGUCGCAAAGCCUGCUCUGCCGAACAAACGCCGAAUGGUCAUUUUUGACACAAAGAGAGAUAUAUUGAAAGCAAAACAUUGAAGAAUCCAAAUGAAUCCGCUCGGACAAAAAAUGUGCACGAAGGAAUGCUACAAAGUGUUUGGCUAUUUUUUGGGUUUCAUGUGGAUAAUUACGACCUUCUACUACACGAUGGAAACAAUCGAACUGCUAAAACUGAUGAAGCUGCAGUGCACGCAAGGAAAUCCAACCGCAUUUGUUCAAUUCGAUGAGGAAUUGGUGAAAAAAGUGUGUGAUUUUUAUGGACAUUUAGAUGAUUUUAUUCCGUACCAUAUAAUAACAACACUAAUUAAGAUGGUUCCAGGAAUGUUGCUAAUCGUAGGAAUAUUCAAGGAAAAUCUAACAUUGGUUAAAGUAUUUGUAAUUUACGCUGUGUUAGAGGAAAUAUUUUUCAUUACUGUCUUCUCCAAAAUUUUCACGCUAAUCGACACCGAAGGUAAGAAGAGCUCGUGGAUUUUCUGGAUCCUAGUAUUUUCGUGUGUUAAACUGAUUCUGGCUAUUUGGAUUCUGCUUGGAGUCUACGCGGCUCUCGAUAAUAGUAGACGAACCGGACAGCGAUACGUUUGAAAGGCAUUCGGAUAUUGAGUCAACAUCGGCAGGGAAU